ACCUUACCUGGGGGAGAAAGGGGCGCUCGGACCGCGCUCCUUCCCUCCUGCACCAAAGCUGUAUGACUAGUGGCUUAUUUUCCCAGCUGGCAAACGUCACCAUGAAGACAAGGGAAUGCCUGUGGUUCAAAAAGUAAGUGCCAGAGUCCGAGCUUUUCAAGGAGUUUCCAUGCCCCUUUGGCCCUCCAAGAACCAUACAGGACCAUAAGGGUUAAAGAUGAUGAGGAAGAAAAGGAAGCGAGGCCCGAUCGCGUGUCCAUGCAGCAGCCCCGGUUCCCGGGCCCCCACGCCGCCGCCAGAGCCCCGGAGGAGACCUGCAUGGACGGGCAUGGGGAGAGCUGCUCCUUUCUGCGCCGCCGCCGGGGCUGAGCCGCGCCGGCGCCGCCCCCAUCGCGGCUGGCGCUCGCCUCCGCUGGCCGCCCUGCUGCUGCUGCUGCUCGGCCUCGGGGGGCUGCCCGCAGGAUAUUGCCAACAGCCAACCCAGUGUCGAAUCCAGAAAUGUACCACAGACUUUGUGUCACUGACUUCUCACCUGAAUUCUGCCAUUGAUGGCUUUGAUUCAGAGUUCUGCAAGGCUCUACGUGCUUAUGCUGGCUGUACCCAACGUACUUCCAAAGCCUGCCGUGGAAACCUUGUCUACCAUUCAGCUGUGCUAGGAAUCAAUGACCUCAUGAGCCAGAGAAACUGUUCCAAGGAUGGACCGACAUCCUCUACCAACCCUGAAGUCACCCAUGACCCUUGUAACUAUCAUAGCCAUUCAGAAGCUAGAGAACAUCAGGGAGGGGACCAGAGUCCUCCCACUUAUCUUUUUUGUGGUUUAUUUGGAGAUCCUCACCUUAGAACUUUUAAUGAUCACUUUCAAACAUGCAAGGUGGAAGGUGCCUGGCCUCUUAUAGAUAAUAAUUAUCUUUCUGUACAAGUGACCAAUGUACCUGUGGUCCCUGGAUCCAGUGCUACUGCUACAAAUAAGAUAACUAUCAUUUUCAAAUCUCACCAUGAGUGUACCGAUCAAAAAGUAUACCAGGCCGUGACAGAUGACUUGCCAGCAGCUUUCGUUGAUGGCACCACCAGUGGUGGGGAUGGUGAGAUCAAAAGCCUGCACAUUGUGGAGAAGGUGAGCGGCCAUCAUGUGGAGAUGCACGCCAGGUACAUCGGAACCACGGUGUACGUGCGGCAGCUGGGGCGCUACCUGACUUUGGCUAUCCGCAUGCCCAAAAACUUGGCUAUGGCUUAUGAAGAGAGCCAGGAUCUGCAGCUCUGUGUGAAUGGCUGCCCUGUAAGUGAGCGCAUUGAUGAUGGACAAGGGCAGGUGUCUGCUAUCAUGGGGCAGAUGCUUCCCCGAGCUGCCUUAGCCCCGGCUUGGCCUGGGUAUACACUGGAGACCGCCACUACUCAAUGCCACGAGAAGAUGCCGGUGAAAGACAUCUACUUUCAUUCCUGUGUCUUCGACCUGCUCACCACUGGUGAUGCUAACUUCACUGCAGCAGCUCACAGUGCCUUGGAAGAUGUAGAGGCACUGCACCCUAGAAAGGAACGCUGGCACCUUUUCCCUAGCAAUGGAAUUGGGGGCCUAAUGGGAAGCAGCAUCUUGUCUGUCAGUCUUAGACUCGUGUGCUUGAUCCUUGUGGCGUUUUUGUAGGGUUGUGUUUUUUUGUCUAUAACAAAGGUUUUAAAAUAUAUAUUGUCAUAAUAUAUUGAGUAAAAAGAUAAGAGUAUAUAUGUAUAUACCAUGUAUAUGAAGGGAUGUUUGUCCUGGGACACCCACCGGAUUGUACAUAUUGUGUUGGACUGUUUUUCAUGUAUGUUGGAUGUAGUAUUCUUUGAUUGUAUCAAUUUUGCUUUGCAGUUUUGUGAAAUGUUUUAUAAUGUCCCUGCAUUGGGACCUGUUAGAAAGCACUUUAUUUUUUAUAUAUUAAAUAUUUAUGUGUGUAUAUGGUUAAUAUGUACAGUCUAUACACACAGAUACCACAUCCAGUCCUCCUUCUGAAGGUCUACUUAAGAUGCAGAUAAGCUCAUUAUUACUUUUUUAUUACCUGAUUCUAUAAUGCUGUGUUGCCAAGGGCUUCAAUUGUCAUGUUCAUAAAAAUCACAUUCUUUAUUUUCAUAGAUCAAACUGAUUAGGUCAUUUAAACUAUCUUCAUGUUCUUUUUUUCCAUCUUUCACCCAAUGGUAAGCAUACAUGCUUUAUCUUAGACUACUGAGGAAGAGAGCCCACCUACAAGGAUCACACUAACAUUUUUUUGUCCAUUAUUCUUUAGAGAGAUGAGAGAGGCUCUCUGUGAGUCAAAAUUUUUGUCACCUGAUGUACUGUCAACAUUUUUUUCCUUUGAACAUCUUCCUAAAUGUCAUUAUAUUGUUUCUCAUUGCUGUUCUUUUCCAAGUUUUUCAUACGUGUCACCUUUCCCAGUUAAGACUGUAUCUAUAUGUCCAAAAUGAAAUGGAGCAUGGAAGCAAUGACAAUACAAGCUUUGUUAUGCUGACAUGACAAAUUAGAGGUGGGUGGUUAAAGUAAUAGUUGUUGCCCAGGUCAUUGCAUUGGCUUCUUUCCCAAGACCUCUAAGUGAAUUUUAAAAGUAAUAAGUUAUCCCUAAUUCAGGGUUGUUUUCAAAACUGGGAACCAAGAGCUCUAAUUUUUGCUUAUCUGUACCACUCUCCCAUCCAAAAGAAAAAAACAAAAUCAAAUGACUCUUUGACCAUCUUGUAUAUUCUUGUACCAGGUGGAACUACUAGCUCACCUUUACCAAAUUUGGAUAAUUUUGGUAAUAUAUAAAUCUGGGUUUAGCUUCUGUUUGUCAACUAACUGCCUCCUCCUUCCACAUCACUUUGUAAACAUAGCAGAGCUAAUGACCAAGUCUUAGUGUCAUUCUUUCAGCUGAGGAAGCUGGCUGAAGUUCAACACAGCAACAAUCUUGAGUGAUUUGAGGCUUCUUUACAUUGAGAAAUUCUAGUUUAAUUUAGGACUGUGAUAAGAUAGUAUCUCUGGCUCCCUGUCUAUUCAUGUAUCCAAGAGCUUGAGAGAACAAGUUGAUGCUAGGUCUGGGAAGAUGUUAAAAGAAUCCUGGCUCUCACAUCGAAUGAUACAUCCGCUCCAAAGCUAGGGACUAGACUUUUUGUUUCAAUGGUAUAGAGAACUUCCAGAGGAGCAAACUCCCUCUACCAGUGCAGGUUAGCAUCUUUUCUGCCAUUUAUAGUCUUAGAGAAUUAGAGUGAGUGUAGAAGCACUUAGAAACUUGCUAGGGUCUCAAAGUCAGUUUGUGUCAGAAGUGGGACACAUUCCAGAACUAGUUCAGUGGAAAUAGAUCUUGAAAGUAUCUUAGAAAUUAUUUACCAGCCUCCUUGUUUUACACUUAAAGAAGAGUCCUGAGGUUAAUUGGCUUGCCAAAGUCACAUAGGUAAGUAAUAGAAUUUGGGAUUUGAAUCCAGGUCUUCUACCUUCAAUUCAAGCACUAGUUGAACAAAUUUCUUUUAAUUUUUUUCUAAAAUAUAAAUUUUGCACAAAUUGUUAUCAAAUUGAAUAAAGACCAUUUCUUUAAAGCAAUAUGUGAAACCCUGAAGGAUUGAAAGGUGUUACUACUUUUGUACCCUUGUAGGUCCUUUUUAGAGAGGAAAAAAGUACCUCUCAAUGGUUUGAAAAAAUAAAACUGAGCUUUUUAUUUCAAUGAAUGGAUAAGUGGAAAUGGUCUAUAUCCUAAUGCAAAAUCAAAUUAUGGAUGUUAAGUACCUAAUCUCUCACAGUAUACUCGGCCAAUUCCCUUUCUUGCUAGAAUAAUUGUCUGCUCCUUUUCUGUAAUCCGAGGCCCCACACAUCAGUAAGUUUCAGAAAUGAAAAUUCUUCUCUAGGGAGAGAGUGAAGUUCAUUUUCUGAUGUUCCUUCUCUUGGGUCUCUGGAAAAAGUGUUUACUUGCACAAGUGCGUUCCUAAAAUUCAUCGAAUUUUAUUAACCCCCAAAUCUUUAAAAAAAGUUUUCCUUCACCCCAAAUAUGUGGGUGGGUAGCCCAAAGCUGGUGAAUGGUCUCCUGAGGAACUCAAGCAUAGAACACGGUUUUUCCAUAGAUGCUUCUAGGAGCUGCCUUAAGAAGCCUUCAAUUCUUUUCUAUUUCUUUGUGUGCUUCCCCCCCCCUCGCCCAAUGUGUCAAGAUUUUACAGGAAAGUUUUAGAUGUGGUUCAUGGAUAUACUCAUAAGUAUUUGUGUAAAAGAGUGAGUGUGCAGUGUGUAAAUACUUUAAAUUAUUAUGCUAGAAAAAUAAAGUUACAUACCCUGCUGUGGAGUGCUUGUCGUGGUUAUAGUGACACCUGCUGAAAAUGCAAAGAAGCACAGGUGCAGAAAGAAUUUAAAAAGCACCAGUGCAGGAUAUCAAAUAACCAUCUGAUUAUACUUAAUGUGUCAUCUACCUCUAAACUCAAAAAAAAAAAAAAAA